AUGUCAGACAACAAAUCUGAUGUCAGAACCUUACAACCCCAUACUCUUUGCUCCCUCUGUACGUCUUUCUGGGAACGUGCAACGUGCCUCAGAUUUCGACCUGAAGUCCUUCUCAACGGCGGAGAAGGUGCCCCACCGAUGCCACAGCAUCUUCUCUUCUCUCCCAGCCGCACUGAUGUUCUAUCUGCUGCGUCGCAAGGCUGCCACUUCUGCUCCAUCGUCGUUGGAGCCGUUGUAGGAUGCACCGGAGAUCAUGGUGAUCGACAGUUUCCCGGUGACAAGAAUGGCCCUAUCUAUAUCUCAAUAGCGAUGUUGGACACAGAUGCUGAGAGCCAUGGGGGCAUAAAAGAUGACAAUCAACACCUUUUAUCGACGCUGCAGUCAACUACCUAUUCCGACGCAACUGCCGACUUCAUUCGAUCUUGGAUUACUGAAUGUCAGAGUACUCAUAUCCUGUGCGGCGACGACCUUUUGAGCCUGAUUCUUGGUCCCGCGGAAACAAAAGUACGACCCCGUCGCUUGCUAGAUCUAUUGGCUUUCCCGGAUAUCGAGAAAAUACGGAUUAUCGAGGCCAAUAAUGACCACACCAAGGAAUACUGCGCCCUGAGUUACAGCUGGGGAUUUAGUAAGCCCUAUGUCAUGACAUCCUCUAAUCUGGCGGCGUUUCAGAAAGAGAUUCACGUCAAAGACUUGCCGAAACUACUACAAGACUCCAUUCGAGUCGUCAGGGGUCUUGGGUUUAGGUAUUUAUGGAUCGAUGCCCUUUGCAUCAUGCAAGAUGGGAGCCAAUCUUCUGCAGCGUCGGAUGAUUGGGUUGACCAAGCAGGCAAGAUGAAUGACAUCUUCGGUAACGCAGCUGUUACCAUCGCGGCAGCCGAAUGCUUUGAUGGCAACUCAAGCAUGAUCGUGCCACGAAAUCCGUUGAGUCAACUAUCUUGCCGACUGGACGCGAGCGCUAGUCUCUACUAUGAAGUCGUUCCACCAUGCACUCCACACUGUUUGCUACACACUUUCGAUAAAGCGCGCUUUCACCUCGAUACAAGAGCGUGGGUUUUCCAGGAGCGAAUAUUGUCGCCUCGGACGGUGCACUUGACUCGCAACUUCGUUCACCUUGAGUGUAGGACUGAGCUCCGUUGCGGCGCUAUGGGAGGAUCUGGCGCAUGCUAUCACAGUGGCGCAAUCGCCAAAGCAGAUUAUCAAGUACUGUUUUCCAUGUUUGGACUACACGGGCUUGAUGAUUCUGCCCACGACGCAUUUCUCUCCUUCUGGCAUGAACUCGUCAGGAGGUAUUCGACAACGAAUCUGAGCCGCAAGUCAGACCUAUUGGUUGCUUUGGCUGGUCUUGCAAAGCAAGUUCAGAUAAAAUCAAAACUCACCUGGUCGUUUGGGUUGUGGCAAGAGCAUAUACUCCGGGAUAUGCUAUGGUAUGUUAGGGGAGGAAGAGGCGCAGCUUGUCGUGAGAGGUCGCCGACUUGGUCUUGGGCCAGCAUUGAUGUACAAGGACCACAGAUCAUUUAUGAGCCUGCCACACAAGUUUCCCUCCUUGCGGACAUCAUCGAACCGCCCGAUGCAACAGACUUUGUAGGCCGCGGUCUACUAGUAGACAUAACGAAACAUUGCGUCAAGGUUUCAGGCCUGUUACGGCCUGGUGUUCCAGAUUUGUUAAAAUAUGGUCAAGAUUCUGCUUCUAGCACGAACAAGGACAUUCGUGUCCAUAGGAAUUGUCAAGGAUUACGACAUAUCCACCGCCAAUGCCCAUUUCAUCCAGACUACGACCUACCAAACAACAUCGAGUUGUACAGCUUGCUUAUAGCUUGCGCUUCGGGACCCCAACAAAGCAUGGGCUCUUGUCAAAGUUCAGAUACACAUGUGGGGAUUGUUCUGACGCCUGCCCCAGGGCAUGAACGUCGAUACAGACGCGUUGGCUAUUUCCACAUUGACAUUCAGGAGACAGAUGAUGAUGAUCAAGGAAUACCGUGGAUUCUGGAGAGCUCCAAUUUUGUUGAAAUAGAGGUCAUCUAG